AUGCAGAAGUUGACAUUUCUUAAAGUAAGCAACUCUAAUGUAGAAGAUGUUCUUAAUUUGGCAGUGGAAAUUGAAGGUUCGGUGACAUCAAGCCUAGAAAAAAUGAUUUUCGAAAAUCUGAGUGAGUUGAGGCAUAUAUGCAAGGGUCCCAGAUAUAUUUUGAGCCUCCACAAUCUUUCCGAACUAACAAUCAAAGGGUGUGACAAGCUAGAAGCAAUCUUCUCUGUCUCAAUAUCAAAAAGCCUCCCACAAUUAUCUUCAUUAAGAAUAAGUGAUUGUAAUGAAUUAGUUGACAUCAUUCAAGAGAGUGCUAAGGAUCAUUUGCAUCAACUCUGCUUCCCGGAGUUAGGAAGAAUUGAGAUCAAGAAUUGUAAUAGAUUGAAAUACCUUUUCUCCAUCUCAACACCUUCCAUGUUUCCAAAGUUAUUGAUAUUGGAAAUAGAAGAAGCCUUAAAGUUAGAGCAAGUAUUUAUAUGCAAACAGAAUGAUACAGAGAACAUGGUGCUGAAAGAUGUGUUCCCAAAUCUUUGGGAAAUAACACUCAAAAGUUUGCCAAUGCUUGCUGCUAUUUGUAGUGGGAUCAAUUUCCACACUGUGCGACGUCUUAGACUAGCUCGUUGUCCCAAAUAUCGAAGACCUUCAAAUUUGGAUUCAAAAAAUCAAGUAAAAAUAGGGGAGCAACUCUUUGUAAAUUCUGAUAAUGCUCAGGCUGUGCCAUAUUUGGGAGAAACAAGUGGUUCAUCAUCGAAAUUAGCAAAGAUUAAGGAAGAAACAUUAAUGGAAGUUCAAGCUAAAGAUCCUGCUCCAUCUUUAGAGAAACAUGCAUCAGAAACUUCAGCAGCUGAAUCACAAUUGAGAAGGACAUGUGUAGAUGAGUUUGACGAUGAACGCGAAACAAACAAUUCGACUACGCAGCUCCAACAUGAGGAUCUUGCAGAAACAAGAUCCACCAUUAAAGCUUCUCAUAAAACCAAUAUACCAUUUGAUGAUGAUAAUGUUGCUAAAAGCCUUCCAAAAGACACUUCAAAUGAGAAAACUAGAAUGGUUGCUACCUCAGUUCUUGAUGAAGAAACAAAGAAGGAUAUUAUCAAAGUAGUUGAUUCUGAUCCUGCUUCAAAGUUAGCGGCAGCAACUUCAUCUUCUUUUCAGGAACUAGGAGGAAUGACUACUUUUAGUGCAAUUCAGAGUUAUAAGGAAACAGAGAAGGAAGUUGGAAAAGUAAUUCCUAAUUCAAAGUUACCAGCAACAACCCCAUCUGAUUUUGAGAGCUCAGAAACAGGAAAAGAAGCUAUUCCUAUGGUCCUUACUUCAGGUUUAUCAGUGGCUACAACUUCAUCAAAAUUAGAGAAUAGAAUUGAAAGUAUUCCUAAAGAAACUACACCUAUGAAAGAUAAAAUAGAUGCUUCCUCAAUUAGUUCACAAGCAGAAGGAUCCCCAUCAAGUCCAUCGGCAAAUGAAGAGGAUGAACAAGCAAUGAAUAAGCCAAAUUUGACAGAUCAAUUUACUUGUAGAGAAGGAAAAAGUGAAAUCAGAAUUCAUCUUCCUCAUCAAACAAAGGUUUCUAGUACGAAAGAAACACAUGAACAAGGCUCUAAAAGGAAUGUUGCAACAGACGAAGCUAUAAUGGCAAUUCAAUCAACUGACCUAAAGUUAAUGAAGCAAUUUAGAGCAUCAUCCAUGAUUGCACAAUGCUUAAAUACAGAGAAACGGCCUAUUAGAUUAUAUGCUCCACUGUUAUCAAUGGCUACAAUUUCAACAAAUUCUGAGAACUACGCAAUAUACAUUGUUUUUAGUUUCUUUCACAAAGUUGCAAAAUCUAAUGGUAGUAUUCUUGCAUUAAUGCGUAAUAAGGAAGCAGUGAAAGACAUUGUUGAUAAUGUUAGUGCUACAUACACAUCACCAGAGACAACUCCAUUUGACUCAAAAUUCAUUGGAGCACUUGAUACUAAAGAAGCAAAAGAUUCUAGUGCUCAAAAGGAAUAUAAAUCAGAGAAUCCCAUAAAAACAACUAUCCCCGUUGCUAUUCCUUCUCUCUAUCAUCUAAUAGAAACACAAAAUGAAGAUUCUUGCCCUUCUGCUCCUAUAUCAAGGAUUUGUGAAAUGGCUUUACUUACACAAGCACUCAAGCAAUAUCCUCAACAAGUGCUAUCUCAUAAGCACCUUACCAAUCGAAUAACAUCUCUCUACUACAGAGUGCUUGUUGACAUUUUGGUCAUGCUAGCUACUAAGACUCCAUGUAGCAUUACAACAUUGGAAAAGUCAACCUUAGAGGCUAACUUACGUGAAGUAACAUUUCUUGGCUUGAACAAAGAAUGGGUUGAUUCAAUUCGGGUAAGAGUUUUUGGUGUGGACAUGUCCGAUGUCUUGGUAGCUGAAUACAAAAUUCAAGUCAUAAAGGUGGAGCUUGAGACAUGA